GCGUUCCCUCAUCGAGACACAUCCAAGCUUGCCAGAGGUCCCGCAGAUCUCUUCCGAGCGUCUAACCCGUCCGACCGCAGCCCGAGGAACAGAUCCACAUCCUUGCACCCGAGCGCACUCCGGCGUGGGAAUUGUCACUACUUUUUUUUUUUUAAAGAUAAAUCGGAGAAACCAUAUCUCAACAUGCCUCGGUCAUUUCUUGUGAAGAAGUAUUUUUCCAACAAGAAGCCUUACCACAGGGAGAGUCAGUUGGAGAGUCAAACCGCUUUUGUCCCAGAGAGCUUUCCCCGGGCUGAACUUCCAACGCAGAACAACAGCUCUGCCCUGACCUGCUAUCCCAGCAACCCAUUCUACAGCACCAUGGACCUCCUGCCUGCACCCAUUUCCCCGGUCACCCCCGUGUCUCUGCCUUCGUCACCCCUGGGUCCUCUGGACCUCAGCAGCUCACCCUCCAGCAGCAGUGGUGAGGAAGAGGAGGACGGUGGGCGCAGUUCAGACCCCCCCAGUCCCGAUGUCAUCCAGUCCAUCUACUACUGUCUCCACUGCAGUAAGAGCUACUCCAGCCUCUCUGCACUGUCCCACCAUCAGACGUCCCACAAACAGCCGUCCCACUGUGCCCCACUGCACCAGACGCCCGCUCUGCCCACCGAAGUUUCUACACGCCCGGCCUUCCACUGCAAACACUGCCCUAAGGAGUACAACAGCCUGGGAGCCCUGAAGAUGCACAUCCGCUCGCACACUCUGCCGUGUGUGUGCCCCACCUGCGGCAAGGCCUUCUCCAGACCCUGGCUUCUCAGAGGACACAUUCGCACACACACAGGUGAACGUCCCUUCGCUUGUCAACACUGUAACCGGGCCUUUGCAGAUCGCUCCAACCUGCGUGCCCACCUGCAGACCCACUCUGAAGUGAAGAAGUACCAGUGCGGCUCCUGCUCGAGGACCUUCAGCCGCAUGUCGCUGCUGCACAAACACAAUCUGUCUAGAUGCUGCCCUGCCUCAUAGACUCACAUUCCCUGGACUGCUCCAUUAAGCCAGUCGAAGCUGCUCGACUCCCCCACCUCGAUAAGAGCCAAUACACCCACAGCCGGGAGGCUGAUGCCAGCUCAUUUCAAAGCCAUGACAAGAAAACUGUUGCUUUUAUACAACUAAGUGCCUUUUUAAAAUUUCUUGACUCUGUAGGUUUAUCUCUUUUUCCAAAAUUGUCAUAUUGGGUGAUUUUUGUGUGUGUGUGUGUGUGUGUGUGUGUGUGUGUGUGUGUGUGUGUGUGUGUGUGUGUGUGUGUGUGUGUGUGUGUGUGUGUGUGUGUGUGUGUGUGUGUGUGUGUGUGUGUGUGUGUGUGUGUGUGUGUGUGUGUGUGUGUGUGUGUGUGUGUGUGUGUGUGUGUGUGUGUGUGUGUGUGUGGCAGCUGGACAUGCAGUUAAUUCCCAGGAAACUCCAUUGGUGCCGGCCGGUCCGGGACUGUGGCCAUGGUGCAGCUGCUUGGGUGUGUUUGUGUGUGUGUCUGUGGUGGACGCGGGGAUGUCAUUCCUCACCAUACUAUACAUACAUGGCAUGUGUGUGGAAAUGAACAAGUGUGUGUGUUGGGACAGCUGUCUGUGUAUGGUGUACUGUGGAGGCAGGGCGCUGAGAGACGUGUUAGCUGUGACCUCGACGACAGGUGACCCUCCGCCCGCCACAAACACUUUCCACACGCGCUCGUCGUGUCAUUGGACAUGAAAGGGCCACUUAAGCUUGACCAAAAAAAAAAAACUCCUGCAACCUGCCUUCACCAAUAUUGUCAUUUAUUUACACUUUUUGGGGGGAGGGUGUUGACCUACAGUUUUUUUAUAAACUAUUUGAUGAACAUGACAUUUCAAAUGGGAAUUCUGUGCCUUUUUUUUAAGGUUGUGUAUUUUUCAGCCACCUGUAAAUAAAAGCUUUGUUUUUUUUAAAA